GAGGGGUCGGUGCCGCCGCCGAGCCGCGCCGCCGAGGGGGCUCAGCGCAGCCCGGGAGACCCGCUCCCCCCGCUGGCACUGGGAAAUGAUCCUCGUCACACCGGGCUGCGCCGGGAGUCGGGGAAACGCCUCGGAAGUGCCCGAGGCUGUUGCGGGGACGGUUUUUUCAUAAUCCCUGUUUGCUGAUUUGAAGAUUAAUUGGCUCUACUUCCAGCACAAUGGAUGAACUUCAGGAUGUUCAGCUGACAGAGAUCAAACCACUCCUGAAUGACAAGAAUGCAGCUCGCAACUUCCAGGACUUCGACUGUCAGGAACAUGACAUUGAGACAGCUUUUGGAGUGGUUCAUGUCACCAUGCGGGGCACGGCCAAGGGGAACAGACCUGUCAUCCUCACAUACCAUGACAUCGGCCUCAACCACAAAUCCUGUUUUAAUGCAUUCUUUAACUUUGAAGACAUGCAAGAGAUCACCCAUCAUUUUGCUGUGUGCCAUGUGGAUGCACCAGGCCAACAGGAAGGAGCCCCUCCAUUCCCAUCUGGAUACCAGUAUCCUAGUAUGGAUGAACUGGCUGAAAUGUUACCUGCUGUUCUGACACACCUGAACCUGAAGAGCUUCAUUGGGAUUGGCCUAGGAGCUGGUGCUUAUGUCCUCAGCAGGUGUGCACUCAGCCACCCUGACCUGGUGGAAGGACUUGUUCUUAUUAAUGUUGAUCCAUGUGCAAAGGGAUGGAUUGACUGGGCAGCAUCCAAGUUUUCAGGCUGGACAACCAACAUAGUGGACAUUGUCUUGGCACAUCAUUUUGGCCAUGAGGAACUGCAAGCAAAUCUAGACUUGAUCCAAACAUACAGGCUUCAUAUUGCACAGGACAUUAACCAAGAUAACCUUCAGCUGUUCCUCACCUCAUACAACAGUCGUAAAGACCUGGAAAUUGAGAGACCAGUUGUUGGUGUCAACGAAACGGUUGCAAAAACACUCAAGUGCCCUGCCUUACUUGUUGUUGGUGACAACUCACCUGCUGUGGAAGCAGUGGUUGAAUGCAAUUCACGUCUUGACCCAACAAAAACUACCCUUCUGAAGAUGGCUGACUGUGGGGGCCUGCCCCAGGUGGUUCAGCCUGGCAAGCUGACUGAAGCCUUCAAGUACUUUGUGCAGGGAAUGGGCUACAUGCCAGCAGCCAGCAUGACGCGGCUGAUGCGCUCCCGCAGCCACUCCUCCUCCAGCGUGGGCUCGGGCGAGAGCAGCCGCAGCCGCUCCCACGCCAGCACCCACGGGGAAGGCAGUGCUGGCACCCCAGAAGGAAUCGACCUCCAGGCUGCCCCUCAGACCAUGGAAGUAUCCUGUUAGGCAGGAGCCCCUCUUCUAGAUUCAGACAGCUCCACUCACCCCACUGAACCCACUCAGAAUUUAGCAUUUCAUCCGACAUGGCAUUAACUGUUCUCUAACCUGUGCAUGCCCAUCCGAGCAGCCACCUCCUUGGUAGUCUGUACUUGACAUUACUUUGAUCUUUUCUGUAUUCCCUCGGCAUCAGAGUCUCUUUAAAACCCAUUCACAUUCCAGUCUUAGUAAGCCCCAUUACUGUACAUGCUGAUGCCAUCUCCUGUCUGUGCUGUGUAUCAAUCCAGAUGACAGCUGUCGUCUCCCCUCUUCAUUUAAAUAUAAUUUCUGUGGCUUUGUGAGGUUUAGAAUUGCUUUCUAGUUGUGCUUCUGCUAAAGGACCCUUGUGGUGCAGUUGGUAUGUCAUUGGUGGGAUGUGGCACUGCAGGCACUGGAGCAGGCAGUGCAGGGUGGAGCUGGGAUGCAGAACCUCUGCAGGAUCUGUGGGUCCCCUGGGCUGUUUCACAUGCCAUGCAGCCUGAGAAAGACAAAGGGGCAGGAUUACUGUCCAGGUCUUACCUAUGUCUGUGUGUUGGGAAGGAGCAGAGUGAUUUCUUAUCUGAGCCUCCUGAAAGCUCAAAGCAAUUAACCAGUAAACGACACUAACAAGGUGCACUAUUAACCCAGUACAAGGGACUGAACUCCAACAGCCCUGGCUCUAGACCACCUCUGCAACCCUCUGCUGACCCAGCACAAGGAUGGGAUGCAGUGACAUGUAGUCACUGUUCUACCCUGGCACAGGUGAAUCUAACAUUCAGCAGGUUGUGAAAUGGGAAGCAGUGCCUCUUGCCAGGGGGAGAUCCCAGAAUCUCCUGCACUGCCACCUCUGUGUCCCACUGCUGCUGCCCCAGCAGGAUCAGUGAAUGUGGCAGCCAGCAGUGACACAUUGCUGUGAGUCAGGUCUGCAGGGUGAGCAGUGAACACCCCUGUGCAGGUAGUACUUACUGUCCUUGUGGAAUUCACAAUUGUGCUGCCUUUUUACACCUAGCUGGGUCACCAGGGCACACAGCAGAUGCCUGCUGUCUAUCCAGGGUCUGGUGUUCAUGGGAGAAAAGGGACGAGUGGUCAGGCUGCUGCAAGUCUCAAUUGAUAAGCAAAACAUCCUUUCCUCACUGCUGAACAGCCCUGACCCAAAGGGAGCCAACUCCUCCCAGGGUCAUGCUCCAUUUCAGGGAGGGAACGGGACCGGGAGGCUCUGCCUGAGGGGGACUUUGUACCGGUUAUUAAAUAAAGCUAUAACUGAGUUUCAUUGUUA